GUGCAUUGUGCCGAGGAUGUUUUGAGGAAGAAGGAACUCCCAUUGUGUUCAUGAGACAUUCGACACUUUAUGAAGAUCACGUUGCUAAAGUAAGAUUGAGCUGUGUUUAAUCGAGUCUUUGAGUACAUUUUCGGAUAACGCCAGCUAAACGUUCAGAGAAACGCGAACAGAACUGGACAACUCGCUCGAUGGCGAAAUUGUUGGUCAUUUCGCUUUGUUUAAUUGCAUAUAUUACCGGGUGCUUUUGUGAAGUGACUGUCAAAAAAUCUAAUGGCAGUCUUAGCAUCUCUCGAAUACCCAAGCCAAUGUUCAAAUCGAAUCUGACGACUAAGUUUGAUGGAAAAGGUUUAGAACCAUGGUAUGAUGUGGCUAAAUCAUUUGUUCAUGUGAUACAACGCGACGAUCUUCCCUACGAUGAGAUUGCAAAGAUAAAAGACGGCGAGUUUUCUGAAGUUCGAGAGAAGGUUUUGAAUGGAUGGGAGAGGCCAUAUCUUGCUGUGUUUGCUCUUGGAAUCGUCUUUGCCAUAAUUAUUCCAAUUGUCGGCUUUUGUUUUUGCUGUUGUCGCUGCUGUGGAAACUGUGGAGGCGAGAUGGUGCAGAAGGAAAGCGAUAAUAAAGGCUGCAAACGUGCAACAUUUGGUGUGAUAUUAGCCAUUAUUACACUACUUAUGUUUACUGGAUGUGUGCUAGCAUUUUUCUCAAAUGAUCGUAUAAAGGACACUAUCAAGAGUUAUGAAACAAUUCCAGUGAAGGCUAUACGAGAAAGCGAAAAAUAUUUCCGAGAAACUUUGCAUAUUGUGGAUAAUAACAUCAUUGGCACCGUUCUUCGUGUUUUGGACAUUGUUCUUGCUGACGUUCAAAAUCUGCCCCAAAACAUGAGUGAUAGCCUUAGAAACAAACUUGAUCCCACCGUGCGCGAACCUCUCGACAGUGUUGUCAUGCUUGGAAAAAAUACUUUGAGAAUGGAAGUUUUGUUGAAAGAAAUAAACAGCACAACACGUAAUUUAAAGGACGACUUCGUUUCACUCAACACGAGCAUUGUGAAUGUGACAGCACAUUUAAGUAGUACAUGUGCGAUGCCAGGUGCCAAUUGUUCGAGCAAUGGAAUCGACCCUAGUGUUCUUAACCUGAAUGCGGACUAUACGACUCUGCCGGAUGUUGAAAAGAGUUUAAAAGAAAUAGUCAAGAUUAACGAACAGAAUUUCUCUCAAAGUGCCCAGAAGGGUCUUGAUCUGUUUAAUGAUCUCAGCAGCACUAUUACUGACAGAAGCUCGGGAGCUUUAGCAGAGAUAACGAAUAAAACGGAAAAAGGCAGAAGAGAUUUUCGUAAAACAUUCAACGAUAUAACAGACAAAGUGAACGAAGAAAUUUUAAACAAAACCGAUGACUGGGUGAAAGAUAUCCAAGAUGUGUUUGACGAUCACGUUGAACGUUACGAUGAAUAUAGAUAUUACACAGGUGUUGGCUUAAUCUCCUUGGUUCUUUUGCCGGUUGUUAUGAUGGCACUUGGUCUCUUGUGUGGAAUAUUUGGACAUGACAAAGGCAGCAGUCCUUCAGAACGCGGCUCCAUUUCGAAUAUUGGCGGAAACUGUCUUAUGGCUGCUGUUGGCUUCAUGUUCAUAUUUUUCUUCUUCGUGAUGUUAUUCACGUCGAUUUUGUUCAUGCUGGGUGCCCAUCUUGAGAAAGGAUGCCACAGCGUUCGAGAUGAAUCAAUAAUCAGAGACUUUGUCGAUGUACCCAAGUUCUGGGACGGAAAAUAUCUACUUGCAGACACGUUCUUUCAAAACAAAACACUUAUGGUGAAAGUCGAGACUGUAAUCUCAGAAUGCCGUGAAAAUGCGGCAAUCUACAAAGCAAUACAAGGACGCCUAAAAUGGGAUCUAAACGAGACAUUCAAUGUGACAGAGUCAAUUGGAGACAUCGAAGGAGAGUUGAGAAACUUCGACGUGGACCUGACUGAUCAAGAUAUUUUGAACAAUAAUACGAUCGACAGUUUGAAUAAUUUGGCGAACACCUCCGUUGAAAAUAUAAAUUUCACCAAAUUUAUUUCAGAGACUAGUAAAAAUCUGCUCAACCACUCGGAAAUUGAUGACUUGCGAAACAAGCUAAACCAAACGAACAUCCCUGCUUUUAGAAAUAUUAGCAAUGAUAUAGAGGACAUCCAAAGGAGAAGUAGACGGAUGCAGCUGACUGCACAAUCAUUGAAAGGAAACGUCACUGAAUUGGAAAAACUUGGAGGAACCCUAUCGGCUAACGCAAACGGUACGUUACAAAAAGCCAGAGGAGCUGAAAGCGUGUUUGGAAACAACGUUUCCGGAAUUGUUAGAACGUUCGUAGAUGAAAACACUAAAAGAAUUUUGGGUUACAUCGAUCAAACGACGAGCUGGGCCGUGGACACCGUAGCAAAUGAUCUUGGAGGAUGUAAAAUUUUGACGGACGUAUACGAUUCCGUUGUCAAUUUGGUUUGUCGUGAUACGGUUUAUCCAUUAAAUGGUUUCUGGUUUGCCAUCGGCUUCGCUCUCCUCUUUUACGUUCCGGCCAUUAUUUUGAGCGUGAAACUCGCAAAGCAUUAUAGAAGAAUGAAAUUUGAUUCGGGUUUCGAUAAUCAAGACACAAGAGGAGUGGAAAUGAUGCAAAGACAUAAAAACUCAUGGCAUAAUCAGGGAAACACGAUAUAUCCCCAGUAAACGUUGUGAUGAAGGUAAACGAAGAUUUUACCUCGUACUUGCCGCUCCACGGCGAUUUUCAAUUUUUUAUAGCGAUUGUUCGUGAUUGUUUUGAUUUUCACUCGUGCCCUUUGUUUUUCCAAUUUCGACUUAAAUGUUUUGUCCUUUCAUUGAGUUAAAAACAGCAACAGCACGAACGAUAGUUAGUUCACGAUUUAGAGUCUGUGCACCACACUGAACACGAGUCGAUGACGAGCUUGUCAUAUAAACUUUAUGGUAAAUUAAACAUAUUGCUGCUAAUAUAUUUCAUGUUCUGCUACCCGAGAUUAUCCGUGUGCGUUUGAUAGUGGACUGGGACUAGCUUAACCAGGUUUGGAGUUGCACUAUUCACCACUAUGCUAUUCGGCACUGUCCAGUUUCAUUUUUUUUAAAACAGUUUGAUUUCUACCUGUUCGUUAGUGUUACUUUUGAAAAUAACAAACAGAUUGCGCAAUUUUUUAGUGAAAAAAUUUAAACCUGGGUCCACGUAUCCCACAGGUCAACCGGCCACAAGGCAUAAACAAUUUUAACUAGGAAAUGGUCUUUCAAACACGUUAUCUCCGCGGACAAAUAGGUGGUUGAUUAUUGCUUGUUUGAAACCUGCGUUAACCAGCAACCAUUUCUUGAGCGAUUUGUCACGGAUGUCGUGGGUAGACAGGAAAAAAUUUAUUGCAUUUCAUAGUUAUCAUAGUUUUCUACAACAGAAAUGUAAAAUAUGUUCGAUUAUUAAAUAAAUAUGUAGAUUGA